AGAUUGAAAAGCAAAGAGCUGAUCUUUCCAGGGAACUUGAAGAGAUCAGUGAAAGGCUUGAGGAAGCCGGCGGUGCAACUUCAGCUCAGAUUGAAAUGAACAAGAAACGUGAAGCUGAGUUUCAGAAGCUCAGGCGUGAUCUAGAGGAGUCCACUCUGCAGCAUGAAGCUACUGCCGCUGCUCUUCGCAAAAAGCAAGCCGACAGCGUGGCUGAACUGGGAGAACAGAUCGACAACCUCCAGCGUGUGAAACAGAAGCUCGAGAAGGAAAAGAGUGAAUUGAAAAUGGAACUCGACGACCUCUCCAGCAACAUGGAAUCUGUAGCCAAAACCAAGGCUAACCUGGAGAAGAUGUGCCGUUCUCUGGAGGACCAGCACAGUGAGAUUAAGACCAAGAACGACGAGAACAUGCGUCAGAUCAAUGACAUCAGUACGCAAAAAGCACGUCUUCUGACGGAGAAUGGUGAAUUCUCUCGCCAGCUGGAAGAGAAGGAAUCUUUAAUUUCUCAGCUGACGAGGGGCAAACAGGCUUUCACUCAGCAAACUGAGGAGCUCAAGAGGCAGCUGGAGGAAGAAUCAAAGGCUAAGAAUGCCCUGGCUCACAGUGUGCAAUCUGCCCGCCAUGACUGUGACCUGCUUCGGGAGCAAUUUGAGGAGGAGCAGGAAGCCAAGGCUGAGCUGCAGCGUGCAAUGUCCAAGGCUAACAGCGAGGUGGCUCAGUGGAGAACAAAAUACGAAACUGAUGCCAUCCAACGCACGGAGGAGCUUGAAGAAGCAAAGAAAAAGCUGGUACAGCGCCUUCAAGAUGCUGAGGAACACAUUGAGGCUGUGAACUCAAAGUGUGCCUCUCUGGAAAAAACCAAACAGAGGCUUCAGGGUGAAGUGGAAGAUCUCAUGGUUGAUGUAGAAAGAGCAAAUGCACAAGCCUCUGCUCUCGACAAGAAGCAGAGAAACUUCGACAAGGUUCUUGCUGAGUGGAAGCAGAAGUUUGAAGAAGGCCAGGCAGAGCUGGAGGCUGCACUGAAAGAGGCUCGCUCUCUCGGCACUGAGCUCUUCAAAAUGAAGAACUCCUAUGAAGAAACUUUGGACAACCUUGAAACCCUUAAACGGGAGAACAAGAAUUUACAGCAGGAGAUCUCUGAUCUGACUGAACAGAUUGGAGAGGGUGGAAAGGCUAUCCAUGAGCUGGAGAAGUCAAAGAAGCAGACUGAAACCGAAAAGUCAGAAAUCCAAACUGCCUUGGAGGAAGCAGAGGCUACCCUGGAGCAUGAGGAGUCCAAGAUUCUUCGUGUCCAGCUGGAGCUCAACCAGGUGAAAUCUGAGGUUGACAGAAAGAUCGCCGAGAAAGACGAGGAGCUGGAACAGCUGAAGAGAAACAGUCAGAGAGUGGUGGACUCCAUGCAGAGCACUCUCGACUCUGAAGUUAGGAGCCGCAACGAUGCCCUGAGAGUGAAGAAGAAGAUGGAGGGAGAUCUGAAUGAAAUGGAAAUUCAGCUCAGUCACUCCAACCGCCAAGCAGCUGAAGCUCAGAAACAACUGAGGAACGUCCAAGGACAACUCAAGGAUGCCCAACUGCACCUUGACGAUGCUGUCCGAGGACAGGAAGACAUGAAGGAACAGUUCGCCAUGGUGGAACGCAGGAACACCCUGAUGCAGGCUGAAAUUGAAGAGAUGAGGGCUGCCCUGGAACAGAUAGAGAGAGGCCGCAAAGUGGCUGAACAGGAGCUCCUUGACGCCAGCGAGCGUGUGCAGCUGCUGCACUCCCAGAACACCAGUCUCAUCAACACCAAGAAGAAGCUCGAGUCUGAUGUUAGCCAGCUGCAGAGCGAAGUAGACGACACCAUCCAGGAAGCAAGAAAUGCGGAAGAAAAAGCCAAGAAAGCCAUCACUGACGCUGCCAUGAUGGCAGAGGAGCUCAAGAAGGAACAGGACACCAGCUCUCACCUGGAGAGGAUGAAGAAGAACCUGGAACAGACAGUGAAGGACCUCACCCACCGUCUGGAUGAGGCUGAGCAGCUGGCCAUGAAGGGUGGAAAGAAACAGCUCCAGAAACUGGAGACCAGGGUGCGCGAGCUGGAGAACGAGCUUGAAGCCGAGCAGAGACGUGGCGUCGAUGCGGUUAAAGGAGUCCGUAAAUACGAGAGAAGAGUGAAGGAGCUCAGCUACCAGGGUGAGGAAGACAAGAAGAAUGUGGCCAGACUCCAGGAUCUGGUUGAUAAGCUGCAGCUGAAAGUGAAGGCUUACAAGAGGCAGGCUGAGGAAGCUGAGGAACAAGCCAACACCCACCUGGCUAAGUUCAGGAAGGUGCAGCACGAGCUUGAGGAGAGUGAGGAGCGCGCUGAUAUCGCUGAAUCCCAGGUCAACAAGCUCAGGACCAAGAGCCGUGAGCUGGGAGCCAAGGUGAGUUAA